ACCAUGUAUACCUCUGACCCCUCGUUCUACAAACCGCGCCUGAAUCCCAAAGCAGCGUGCAGAGACUGAUCGGGCGCCGUUAAUAAGAAAGGAAAGGUCGACCAUUUCCCAAUCUGAGCCUUCUGUAAAUGGCGAGUCGAGAUAUACCUGCGUCCGUUGCUUCUUCUUCGUUUGCCCAAUCGGGGGAAGAAGAUGAUCAGGCGCUACUAUACUACGGAGCCGAGUCGGGUUGGGUGGAGGCCCGAAAGUCCUGCAAUCACCUGGCUGCUUCACUCUCCCCUGAUCUCACUCACAUUCCCAGUCCCGCUUCCUUUUGCUCCAGGUGCGAGCAUCCAAAGGAGAACUGGCUGUGCCUGUCCUGCAAGGAAGUCCUGUGCAGCCGUUUUGUGAACAAGCACAUGCUGCAACACUACCAGCAGCAGACCAACCAUUGUGUGGCUCUCAGCUACAGUGACCUAUCGGUGUGGUGUUUCGCGUGUGAUGCGUAUCUAGAUGCAACGGCAAUAGAGCAGCUGAGGCAUGUGCAUGAAACAGCUUACAUCUUGAAGUUCGGCGAGGCUCCUCCAUUCAUCCCGGGAGGCGUUCCUGCCACAGAGUGAACAACUUCUUCUGGGACGAGUUGAUCUUCACCUUGCUUGCCAAGUCUUCUGUUGUUUUCCCUUUCUUUUGAUAUGUGGAGUGUCGGGUUUUACUUUUGUCUGCUACGGUUCUGAAAAUCGUGUUGGAUAUGCAUUAUUAUGAUCUAGUUACAAACACAGUGGCCGAAUGAUUACAUGGGGCUAGUAGCAAAGUACCUAGUUUCUUUCAG